AUGUUUUCUCAAGAGCCGCAGUCUUCUGGCAACACCUUCUCUCAACGUCUGGCGAGACCACGAACAAAGCAUAGCACUGAUGGUCUGGGCAAAGCUGAAACGAGGUCCACAAGGAUGACUCCGAUCAACACUACCAAUGAUUACACCGAAGACGCCCGAGUCUCAUUAUCCAACGAUUCGCCAUUGAGCUUUACUGGAUCUGCCUCUUUCCGAAACUCCGAGUCGCCCUCGAGGCCAACACCCAAUUCGGUUAAUGAAGUUCCCAGGCCAAGGAAGCACUCAGUGGUCACUUCUGGUAAUGCAUCUAAGCGCCACACAAUCGCCGUAGACAACUCCGAUGUCGAUGUUGCUGCGGCCAUUGCUCUUCUCCAAGAGUUAAAGAAACGUGCAUCGCCAGAAGAUUUGAUUCUUCUCCACAAGGCGUUGCUUCCCACCAGGAACGUGGAGCGAACCAUCGCUCCUGCUAAGCCCGAGGUCAAGGAUUGCGAAGAGCCGAUCUCUCCACUUAUUCGAAGAAGCUCAUUACUUCCAGCUGGUGUCAAGACCCGCUUAUCUCGCGAGCUUCUGAGAAACCACUCGGACAACAAUGUUACAGGGCGCUCAGCUUCCACCUCUAGACAGCGUGCACUGGCCGAGUCACCAAGGCUGGAUGUACCACUGGAUUUUGAAGCCUUGGAUCUAGCUGAGGGGAUACCCGAAGUUCAAGGAGGCCGUCCCACCACGCCAUCUGACUUCUAUCCUCAGAUUGGCACAUACAAGAUAGGCUCCUUGCGUAUCACCAACGGAUCCGCUUCGCCAGAGCCAGCUCGUCUUCUCAAAAGGGUCGAGAAAGCCGCUGUCCAACACAAGCCUUCGGUAUCAGGAUCAAUCUCUGGCGAAGGUUUCAUCACUGCCGAUGAAGGAGAGACUAGCCCAGAACUUGCCCGCCCCAGUCGCGCCACACUCGUCUCUCUACGAGCACCACGAAGAAGUUCCGAGCACGAAAUGGCCAGGACUUCGUCAGAAACCCGCGCAAGGUCAAAGAGUAGAGGUCCUCCGGUUCGUCGUGGUCUCGAGGCCGAGACAAGUAGAUCUGCUCCUCAGCCAGCUCAACCGCAAGUCGCGCAGCGUGCUUCCGAAUAUGCCCAGGAGUACACUUCCGAGUUCGAGACCCUGCAAAAUCCUCACAUGAACAGUCCAGAACUGACGACCGUUGUCUCGCGUCUAAGCACGGUACAAGAUGAGUCUCCAGUCGAGGGCGAUGUCAACGCUCGUGAGGAAGCUUUGAGGCAACUCACAGGUGACGCACCAUUGGCAGACGACCGUCGUGCAAAGCCCCAGUACCAGCAACACCUUGGCGCUGCUCGUCCCCCUAUGACCAAGAGUGACAGUGGAUAUAGCUCAGAGGCAUCGAGAAGAUCGAUCAUCAGGGAUAGCCAAUGUGAUGAAUUUCUUCACGCUGCCCUCGGUGCUGCCGACCAAGCCGAGCGCACUCGCUCUAAGGAGCUGCCUUCAGUCCCAUCUGCCAGACCUUCAUUGGAACGAAUCAACGAAGACAAGGUGUCGUCCCCUCACUCGCCAUACAUCCAGCAGCAGCUUUCAGCUGUGCAAAAAGCAGAGAGGCACAGAAGUCUACCAAGCUUCUUCUACAGGAAGUCCUCGAGCACAUCUGUCAACACUGUUGCUACGACACCUGUGACACCGGCCAAACAAACCAGGAAACUUCAGAAGUCUCGCCCUCGUUCGCAGAUCAUUGUCCCGGAGACAGUGCAGGAGCCAGAGCCAGAGCCUGUCUUACCAGAUAUCGAACCUGAAUUUGUUGAAGGCGCUUCAGAAGAUCUUUCUGUCAAUUUUUCUCGCCCAACACGUCGAUUGGAACGUGGUUCAUCAUCCUCCCCCCAGAACAAAGUAGAGGAUGACGUUGAUCCUCGCGGAAGAGGUCGUAGUCGCAAGCAUGAUGUCUCGACCACUGCUGCUGAAGACUCGCCUGACGGUACAGGCAGAAGGAGGAGCAGAAGUCUCUUCCGUUUCCGCAGUCGCAGCAGAAGUAAGAGUCAACAUCGCCGUGGAGAAGAGGUCGUUCUCUCUGUCGCCGACGAGCCCCUUCCUACUCAUGACUUCUCCGAUUUCGGCACAGUAGCACAAUCUCUUGGUCAAUCGCCCUACGAUAUUGCUACUAGACGUGUCAAGCAAAUGGGGGCUUACGAUCCAUCUAAGCCUUGGUUCUACCCUCAUGAAAUCAGUCGCGCCGCUCCCAAGCCUGAAUCCAGCUCGGAGAUGCGUCAAAGUCGUGACAAAUCCGUCGACCGUAGCAGACAGGACAGAGAACGCAGCCAGAGUCGUCCCCACGAGUCGAUUGAUGCUGUACUGUCAAGCUCGAGACCGCCAACAAGAGGAAAGUCGAGAAGAUCUCAAAGCGCUCACAGCACUGUCACUCCACGCAUACCAGAAUCAGUGCCCGAGCUGCCGAAGCAAGUCGAGACAAUGUCUGGUACCUUCUCACGUCCCGCAUCAAAAGAUGGCACGGUCAGAGUUGGCACUAUUGAUUUCGGCACAGGUUUUGCACAAGGCCGUCUUGAACCCAUUCUUAGCAGCUCUGAGAAGGCAAAGACAAGACGUCGUACGCAGUCCGUUUCUGCAAGAGCCCGCCCUAGUAGUGCUGUGGUUCCUGAAGAGCCGAUGCCCCAACGCGAAACGCAGAAAUCGAUACCACUAUCCUCGAGCGAAGCACUCAAGUCACCAGUGCGCGAGCUACCUCAGGUACCUGCAAAGAAAUCCCCACGAGCAGCAUCUCGUGAGCAACCCCAAGCCCCAUCUCGAGCACCACCAAGGGUCCCAGCACAUGGGAAGCAACCCGCCAACGUGCAGCCUGUAUUGUCGGUGUCCACGAAUUCCGCCCAGCUCAAGGUCUCAGCCUCUGCACCUCACACGCCUGUCUCGCCAGUAUCUCCCAGUGCAAGACCUUCUUGGGAAAGCCAAGCGUUGGCCUGGCGUGAACGUAAACAAAACAUGACUGAGAUGCUCUCGUCUCCCGCGGGCGAGAGAAAGAGCUUCAUCGCUCCCAAGCCUACCUCUCCGGCUAUUCAGGCUUACUCACCCACGAUGCAGGCACCUCGUCGUGCUCCGACUGUGAUUGUGUCUCGAUACAUCACACCGCAGAGCUCAGAGUUCGCCAUGCAUUUAAACGAAGAGGACCCUUACAGGAGGCUUCACUCUGACAAUCCUAGUGAUCUGCGUCCUGCCCAGGAAGAUGUCGAACGCACUGACUCCAGCUCGACCUACCGUACUGCCACUUCGGAAAGAUCUCAAGACUCUUUCGCGUCCAGAGAUAGCGCUAAAUAUCGCGCGUACCACCCUGUUGAGGACGCUGCUCCCGAGAGGACUUCACACUCAUCAGCUCCUAGGAGCAACACCACCCAGAAGAGAUCGAGUCGUGUGAUGGAGCAGCCUGCCCCCCAGCCCAUGCCUCGACCUCAGCGUCGCUCCACGGCACCCACAGAGAACCAAGACGUUGCAUUCGACAGAUUCUCUGGCGGCUUGGGCUAUGGAUGGGAGCGUGGCGUCGGUUUCGCCGGCAGUGCUGGUACAAGACAAAAGAAUGACAGCAAGGCUGCUAGAAGAAGUGUGGUCAUCAGCCAGGACUUUGGCGUUGAUCUGAGCGAUGUGCCUGUUUUCAUGAUCAGAAACUAG